GGAGCGGCGCACGAAGCGGCCCUCCGCCUCCUCCGCUCCCCGCAUCGCCCUCCGCCCGCCCGUAUAAAUCCGGAAGAAGUAACUGAAGCGAGUGAGGCAGAGGGUAAGUGGGAACGAGGGAAGGGCUCGAACCAUCGUUCGUCGAUCGUUCGGCCCUUCUUCUUCCUCUCCAACUUCUCCUCCUCUUCCUCCUCUAUUCACCCCGUUGGAAGGAUCCUUGUCUCGUUCUUAUAUAAGCAAUGGCAGAAGGUGAGGAUGUUCAACCUCUGGUGUGUGACAAUGGGACUGGAAUGGUCAAGGCUGGAUUUGCCGGCGAUGAUGCUCCAAGAGCUGUUUUCCCCAGCAUCGUAGGCCGCCCGCGCCACACUGGUGUCAUGGUGGGCAUGGGUCAGAAAGAUGCAUAUGUCGGGGACGAAGCUCAAUCCAAGCGAGGCAUUCUGACUCUGAAGUAUCCCAUCGAGCAUGGCAUAGUGAACAACUGGGAUGACAUGGAGAAGAUAUGGCACCACACCUUCUACAAUGAGCUCCGGGUGGCCCCCGAAGAGCACCCCAUCCUCCUCACCGAGGCCCCUCUCAACCCGAAAGCUAACCGUGAGAAGAUGACCCAGAUCAUGUUUGAAACCUUCAAUGCCCCUGCUAUGUACGUCGCCAUUCAAGCUGUUCUCUCACUUUAUGCUAGUGGUCGCACAACUGGUAUUGUGCUGGACUCAGGGGAUGGUGUCAGCCACACAGUCCCAAUCUACGAAGGCUACGCCCUCCCACAUGCAAUCCUGCGCUUGGACUUGGCCGGACGUGACCUGACCGAUAACCUCAUGAAGAUUUUGACCGAGCGUGGCUACUCCUUCACCACCACUGCGGAGCGUGAGAUCGUGAGAGACAUGAAGGAAAAGCUGUCGUACAUCGCUCUCGACUAUGAGCAAGAGCUGGAGACUGCUAAGACCAGCUCGUCGGUGGAGAAGUCCUACGAGCUCCCCGAUGGGCAGGUGAUCACCAUCGGCGCGGAGCGGUUCCGCUGCCCGGAGGUGCUCUUCCAGCCAUCGAUGAUCGGGAUGGAAGCUGCAGGCAUUCACGAGACAACCUACAACUCCAUCAUGAAGUGCGAUGUGGACAUCAGGAAGGAUCUGUAUGGGAACAUCGUCCUCAGUGGAGGAUCCACCAUGUUCACCGGAAUUGCCGACAGGAUGAGCAAGGAGAUCACGGCAUUGGCACCGAGCAGCAUGAAGAUCAAGGUGGUGGCUCCACCAGAGAGGAAGUACAGCGUCUGGAUUGGAGGCUCCAUCUUGGCAUCGCUCAGCACGUUCCAACAGAUGUGGAUCGCGAAGGCGGAGUACGAUGAGUCCGGCCCAUCGAUCGUGCACAGGAAAUGCUUCUAAAUGUUUGCUUCUUUUCAGCGUCAACCAGAUCAAGUCAGUCAAAAUCCAUUGGAAGGAGUUACGUUGUUGUUGCCCAGUGGCUGACGAUGAUAUAUGGGGCACACCUGCUUGUGGAGAAGAGAAGGGUCUAUUUUGUUGUGUGCUUGUUAUACACGAGGCUUUGAUUAAACCAGAAAGAACAUGAUCAUAAGCUCUUCUUUCCAUUGUCAAUCUUGGUCUCUUCUUGAGCUGUGUCGUGAGGCUUCUGUUCCGAUAUUGAACACCGGGUAGACUCGGUCCUUCUCACCAUGUUUCUGAGAUUUCCAGAGGAGUAAAUGCUUUUUCUCA